ACAUACAACUAUAACACAAACAAUGUAACAAAAUCCACACAUGCGGAAAAAUAAACAUAGAAUUGAACCUCGUCACACAGUAUCGACCAGACGGUAUUACCUUUAGUUGGUAUUUGUCUCGAUCCACACACCCCUUUGCUAGCUAGCCGGUUACGUGAGUACUUAUCACUUUCCUCUCUCCUCUUUAGGUAACAUACUUUUAAAAUAAGUCACCUUUUAAAACUGCGUCCAUCUUGCCAAAUAGCGGUUGGAAGGUGACGUUGUGCUUACAGUGGCAGCCAUGAGUAGCACUGAGAGUCCGGAUGAGCCCAUUGAAGAACCUUCAGAUGUGUCUACUGAAGAUAUCAAGCAUUAUGCAGUGGACAUCGGGAUCAAUCCAGAGACGGAACAGAAUCUUAUGUGGCUUGCCAAACAGGCCAUGUUUGCUCAGCUACCUCCAGGAUGGUCGGAGCGUGAAGACGACAGCGGCAACACCACCUAUCACAACCACUACUUGCAAUACAGCACAGAUGAACACCCCUGCAAACUGCAUUACCGGAAGCUGGUGGCCCAGGAACGGGAACACAUUAAGCGCACGAGUGCUUUUCCAGGAUCAGAAGGCACACAGGGCAAGAAUGAGAAUGAUGCACUUAAUACAGCGGGUCCAUUUAGCAGUGGAUUUUUGAGUAUAAUAGGUAACAAACAUGAAGAAACAUCAUCUCUGACACCCUUGAGCUUCGACGACGAAGAUGACGGGUUAAUUUCUGAAAAGGAGUCAGUUCCUUGUUCUUCUAACAGUGAUAUCGACAAGGUCCCCGUGAACCUAUGGGGUAAACAAUGCAAGCCAUCAGGAGAGUUUGAAGUCUCCGAUAGUUCCAUUUCCACUGACAGUCAGGUGGAAACAGAUGAUAAAGACAAACAGACCAAGGCUGCUAAAGGCCAGAAGGAGACGAUGCAGGACCAUAAACCUUGUGGCUCAAAAGCCCAACAGGACCAUAAGAAACAGGAGCCUACUAAAACACCAACAGGUCCCUUUUGUAGUGGAUUCUUGAGUGUUUUAAGCGGUGGGCAGGAAGAAGCAGUUUUUCCCUUUUCACAGCCCAGCUAUGAUGUCGAAGACAAUGACCUCUCAUUUGAAAAAGCGGAUUCAGGAAGCAGUGAUGUGUGCAUAACGGAGGACAGCACCGAACUAGCAAUUCAGGACCCGAGCACUGACUCGUCUGAGGAACAGCUCACAGUUGAGGCUCUGGACAGUUCUGUCGACUUGGACACUCGCCUGGAGGUGCCUGUCAACGGAGAGCAAGGGGAAGAUGACGAGACUGAGGCUGCUAAGAGCCUAGAUGAAUCCCUGAAAAGCCCUGGUAAAAAAUCCCCGGGCAGAGACGUUGGAGGUUCCGGAUCUGAAAAAGACAAGCAGGACAGUGGCAGUGAUGCAGAUCUAGCAGAGGAAAAGUCUCAAACCAGUCACAGUCUUAAGUCAUUACAGCAGAUGCCAGAAGAGUUUGUGUACAGCGACAAUUCAGAUUGCGGUGAUAGUCAGGAUGAGAAGGACGCCAGAGUUAGUGAGGCAGUUCACAGUCCAGUUGCAUCUGGGGACGAAGCUGUUGGUUGUCGUGCCGAUAAAGAGCAUGGAUACACCCAGCACACUGAUGCUGUGGCUGACCCAGGAGCAGAACGGGUCAACGACAAAGAGGAGCCAACUAUCAACCAAACAGCCAAAAGAAUGUCUGAUGCAGUUGCAGUAGAGGAGAUGACCAAGCCACAAAUAUCUGACAAGACAUUUUUCAAGGAUGACAAUUUUGAGUUACCGCAGCAACAGGAUACAAGUGAAAGUGAUACAAGCCCAUCAGACGAGACGCCCGGGAUAGACACAUCAGACACUACUACAACACAGACGACAAGUAGCAGCGAAACAAGUCCGACGGAGAAGACGACCGAGUCGCCUUCUGAUGGCCGCAGUCCUGAAUUGUCACGUCAAGAGGCACCAGAACCGGAUACUGACAGUUCCGGUUGUAACAGACAGCAGACGAAAGAUUUCAAGAAAGGGGAGGAAGAAGAUGAGACCGCUAAGAAGUUGCGGAAGCAUCAGACGCAUCAUUUCCAAUUUAUUAUUAGCCAUUAUGUGGCUGACCCGGUCCACCAGCAGGAUGACAAGAAGGAAAUAACUAUGGUAUCAUCAGACAUUGUUCACAACAACAGUUUUGGUUGCUAUGACAGGCAGCAAAAGAUGGCUGUCAGCGGGGAAGGGAGGGAGCACGAAGAGGAGAGAGACAAGAGUAUGGACUCCAGUGGUUCUGUUUCCUAUGAUAGUCAGCUGCAGAGAGGUUUCAAACGACGGGGGCAGGAUGAGGAUACUGAAGGUAGCCACAGUGCAAUGGCGAAAUCAGACAAGCCUGACGAAAUAUCUGGGAAACAACCCCAUUCUUUGGCCCGCAGUACUAAAUCACCAAAGCAACAGCUGCUGGGAGAGUUUUUGGACUCUACCAAUUCUGCUUUUGAGAUGGACACAUAUUCCAAAGAAAGGUCGGAAAAUGACACUGAGGCUUCCAAAAGUAGCCAAGAUGACUCGGGGCGUGACCCUUCAAGUGUGGAUGUCUACGAUCACCUGGUGGUUCAGGUGCCCUCUGAUGCCAAACAGGGCAAGGAGAGAGAUAAGUCUACCCAAACUCCUGCACUAGACUCCGAUGAUUCUGCUUCCAGCAGUCAGCUGGAAGUGGAUGCCAACGAGGACGGGAUCGUGGAGGAGGCCAGUACUUCCAAGAGCCUGGAUGAAUUAGGUCAUGACCUUUAUGCUGAUGACGUGGACAGCGUCCGGGAGGAUCAGUGGUCUGAACACAUUCAGCGUCCCCUGAGUGGGUUCUCUGAAGUCGAAGCGGACAACGGGCUCAUCAAAACACCAGGAUCACAACCACCAUAUGUCAGUGGAGCUGCAAUUGUAGCCAUUGAUGGAGAAUUGCAUAAGCACUCCUGUUAUCCGCAUCUUUUUGUCAAGGUACAGACAGAGCUGUCAUUGGGGCCCAGUUUCCACCAGGAAGAGCUCAGGAGGCAGAAGGAAGACGGAGAGGAAUGUUUCAAGAUAAAAAGCGAGGCAAGAAUGCACUUCUGCCCGGAACCGCUAUUGAAACAUGAAGAGGAAGAAGAUGAGUAUUUAAAGAGAGGUGUUCAGUUAAGAGCGUGCGUCCACCAAGAAGAUCUGCUGAGACAGGAGGAGAAAGAAGAGGCACAUUUAAAGAGACAACAUCAGGAGGCAAGAAUGCAUCUCCGUCAGGUGGAUCUGUGGAAAGAUGAAGAUGAGCAAUUAGUGAGGGACAGGGAGAAAGGGGGAGAUGAGGAGGCGGCAAAGAGCGGAAAGGAAAAGGUCAUUUGUGUCCUCCAGGAGAAGAUGAGUACUCAAGAAGAUGAAACGUUGAAAAGUGAUGUAAAGAUAAGAAUACAUAUUCACCAGGAGGUGCUGAAGAAAAACGAAGAGGAGCAGAUGGACCACCUGAUGAAUGAAAGGCCAAUGAGAUGUCAACUCAGUGAGGAGAAUCUGGGAAGAGACAACCUGAUGAAUGAAAAGCCAAUGAGAAGACAACUCAGUGAGGAGAACCUGAGGAGAGAUAGUCUCAUGAAUGAAAGGCCAAUGAGAAGACAACUCAGUGAGGAGAGACUAGGGAGAGAUAGUCUGAUGAAUGACAAGCCAAUGAGAAGACAACUCAGUGAGGAGAAUCUGAGGAGAGACAACCUCAUGAAUGAAAGGCCAAUGAGAAGACAACUCAGUGAGGAGAAUCUGAGGAGACAUAGUCUCAUAAAGGAAAAGCCAAUGAGAAGACAACUCAGUGAAGAUAGUCUAGGGAGAGAGAACCUGAUGAAUGAAAGGUCAAUGAGAAGACAACUCAGUGAGGAGAAACUAGGGAGCGAGAGCCUCAAGAAUGAAAAGCCAUUAAGAAGACAACUCAGUGAGGAGAAACUAGGGAGAGAUAUUCCGGUGAAUGAAAGGUCAAUGAGAAGACAACUCAGUGAGGAGAAUCUGAGGAGAGACAACCUCAUGAAUGAAAGGUCAAUGAGAAGACAACUCAGUGAGGAGAAACUAGGGAGCGAGAGCCUCAAGAAUGAAAAGCCAUUAAGAAGACAACUCAGUGAGGAGAGACUAGGGAGCGAGAGCCUGAUGAAUGACAAGCCAAUGAGAAGACAACUCAGUGAGGAGAAUCUGAGGAGAGACAACCUCAUGAAUGAAAGGUCAAUAAGAAGACAACUCAGUGAGGAGAAACUAGGGAGUGAGAGCCUGAUCAAUGAAAAGCCAUUAAGAAGACAGCUCAGUGAGGAGAAUCUGAGGAGAGAUAACCUCAUGAAUGGAAAGUCAAUGAGAAGACAACUCAGUGAGGAGAAACUGGGGAGCGAGAGCCUCAAGAAUGAAAAGCCAUUAAGAAGACAACUCAGUGAGGAGAAUCUGAGGAGCGACAACGUCAUGAAUGGAAGGUCAAUGAGAAGACAACUCAGUGAGGAGAAUCUGAGAAGCAACAACGUCAUGAAUGAAAGGUCAAUGAGAAGACAACUCAGUGAGGAGAAUCUGAGGAGAGACAACCUCGUGAAUGAAAAGCCAAUGAGAAGACAACUGAGUGAGGAGAAUCUGAAGAGCAACAACGUCAUGAAUGAAAGGUCAAUGAGAAGACAACUGAGUGAGGAGAAUCUGAGGAGCAACAAUGUCAUGAAUGAAAAGCCAAUGAGAAGACAACUGAGUGAGGAGAAUCUGAGGAGCAACAACGUCAUGAAUGAAAGGCCACUGAGCUCCACCAGUCAGAUAAAGCUGAAGAACGAAGAGGACUCAGGGGAGCAGUCGAAAAGCGAGAUGGAACCAAGCCAUCUCUGGCAGGAGGAACUCAGCACGGAGGAAGAAAGUGAGGUUGAACAGUUAAAAAGGGAGAAGGAGGUGAGAGCAACGGUCUUCCAAGCGGGGCUGCUGAGGGAGGAACAAGAGGAGACGGAGCGGUUCAUGAGGGAGAAGGGGAUCCAAAUACAUCACUGUGAGGAGCAGCUCAGCACCGAGGAGGAGGAAAAGGUAGAUCGAGUGAAGAGGAAAAAAAGGAGAAGAAUCUGUCUUUGCCUGGAAGACCUGAGGAGAGAGGAAGAGGAGGAGGUGGAACGGCUGAAGAUGGACAUUUAUAUGAGAAAAUGUCUCCUCCAGGAUGAGCUCAGUGCCGACUUUAAGAAGGAGAUGCAGAUGAGAAUGCAGUUCUGUCAGGAUGAGCUGAGAAGGGAGGAAGAGGAGGAGGUAGAGAAGUUGACGAAGGAGAAGGAGGCAAGAAUGUAUCAACAAAGAGAGAAGCUGACGAGAGAGGAAAAUGAGGAGGUGGCGCAAUUAAAGGAGGCGAAAGAGAGAAGAAUCUAUGAAUGUCGCGAGGAGCUCAGGAGGCAGGAAGAGGAGGAAGUGGAGAAACUGAUGCAGGAAAAGGAGAGGAGAAUGCAACGCCACAUGCAACAUCUGAACAUACGGGAGGAGGACACCAUAAACCCCGUCCAGAAAGAAGCCAUGGACGAGGAGGAGCAGGAAUGGUUGAAGAACGAAGCGGUUGUGCGACCAAAGAGAAAAAAAGCCGUAACACGUCUUGGUCACCAGGACGACCUGGAAAGAGAAGACCUGCAGGAUGAGCGAUCGAUGAAGGAGAAAUGGGGAAGGAGAGACGAAAGGGAGCAAAUGAGGAAGGAACGGAGAAACUCUCUUGCCCUGCAGGACAAACACACCAGAGAUGAGAUGGAGUUGGAGCAGAUGAAGAAGGAGAAGGCGAAGAGAAUGAGGCUCUACCAGGAGAAGCUGAGGAGGGAAGAAGAGGAUGAGAUGGAGUCUUUGAAGAGGGAACACGUGGCCAAAGUUUAUCUCCACAAGGAGGCGCUGAACAGAGAGGAAGAGAAGGAGAUGGAGCAGUUGGAGAGAGAAAAGGAGGCAAGGAUGCGUGUCCGCCAGCAGGAGGUGAGCAGAGAGGAGGACAAAGAAAUGGUGCGAUUAAAAAGGGGAAAACAUAAAAAAGCGACGCAUGGAGUAAAUAUGAGGAGCGAUGAAGAGGAGGUAGAGCACUUCAGGAGGGAGGAGAUGAUAGCGCUCCUCUACCCGGAAGAAGUGACGAGAGCAGAAGAAGAUGAUUUAGAGUGCUUGAAGAUGGACAUAAUGAGAAGGUGGCUGCGUCAAGGGGAGGUGAGAAGAGAGGAGGAGGAUGUAUUGAAGAGGGAGAGGGAGCCCAGAUCACCGCGCCAACAUGGAAGUAGAGGAGAAAGGAGGAAGGAGGACAGAACGCAUAUCUAUCAAGAUGAACUUAGCACGGAGGAAGAGGAGGAAUCGGAGGAAUCGGAACAGUUUCAGAGGGAAAGGAAGAGAAGACGCCAGCUCUCCCAGGAAGAUUUAAGGAAAGUGGAAGCGAAGGAGGCAGCGCUGUUAAAAAACGACAGAAAGCUGAGGAAGGAGAAAGAGGAGGUCACAAAACAAUUCAAGAAGGAGGGUCAUAAGCAAGCCCACCAUGAAGAACUGGAAGAGGAAAGGAAUGGAGGAAAGCACUUCCAUUUUUUUCGGCAUCGCUGGCCGGAAGAGCUUGAAAGGGAGGAGGAGAAGUUUGAUAUGAGAAGGAGGGAAAAGGGAUUGAAAAGACAAUUCAGUGAGGAGGACCUGAGAAGUGCGGAGGAGGAGGUGCAAGGGUUCAUUGGGGAAAAGGAAAAGUUAAUGGCGUUCUCCCGGCGGAAAAACGAAGAGGAUGCAAAUGUUUUAAUGAGGGAAAAACAGAGAAGACUCCGCCUUUGCCAGGAGGAGUUGAAGACAGAAGAAGAGGAGGUGAAGCAGUUAGAGAUACAAAAGGAGAACCGAAUCCGCAAACAGCAGGAAGAACUGAGAAUAGAAGAAGAAAAUGAGGCGGAUGAAUUGAGGAGACAAAAGGAGGAGAGAAUAUGCCGUCUACAGGAAGAACUGAAGGCAGAGGAAGAUGAGGAGACGGAGAGGUUAAGGAAGGACAAAGAGAAGAGAAUGCGUCUCCUCCAGGAGGAGCUUCGGAAAGAGGAGGAGGAGGAUCGACUGAAGUGGGAAAAUGAAAGGAGAAUAUGGCAUCACCAAGAGGAACUGAGCAGACAGGAAGAGGAGAAGUGGUCUAGGUUGGACCGCCACAAACGAAUGUGUCUCCAUCUGGAGAAGCUGAGGAUCGAGGAAGAGGAGACGGCGGACAGGUUGAAGAGGGAAAAGGAGAAGCGAAUGCAGCUCCACCGGGAAGAGCUGAGGAGAGAGGAAGCGGCAGAGGUGGAACAGUUACGGAGGGAAAAAGAGAAGCGAAUAUGUUACCUCCAGGACGAGCUUCAGCGUGACGAGGAGGAGCAACGAUGCAGGAAGGAGAAGGAACGGAGAAUGCUGUACUGCCAGGAGAAGUUACACAAAGACGAAGACGAUGUGGUGAAUCUCUUCAAGCGGGAGCGAGAGAAGAGAAUGCAUUACUGUCAGGCGGAAUUGAAGCGAGAGGAAGAGGAGGAAGCGGUGAGGUUGAACGGAGAAAAACAACAUAGGAUUCGUCUUCUCCAGGAUGAGCUGAAGAGAGAGGCGGACAAGUUGAUUGAGCGGUUGAAGUAUGAGAAGGAGCACCGAAUGCGUCUCCGUCAUAUCAACCAAAUUGGAGAAGAGGAGGAGAGGAAACUGAAAACUGAGUACAAACAAAAGCUGAGGGCUCUGCGACUGUAUCUUCGGGCCAAGAGGAAACAAGAGGAAGCAUUACUGAACAAGUUAUCUGAGCAGAAAGAAGGAUUAUGUGAAUCUGUCCAGAAGGAGCCAGAUGAGGAGCAACUUCAUCUCAGACAGGACCGUGAAGCUGUUCUCAGAACAAUUUGCCUUGCGCUUGAUGAAGAACGAGCGGCCGAACAUGACAGACUGAAGACUCAAAGGAGGCGUUAUUUUGAGCAUCUGAGGGCGGAGUCAGAAGAGGAGCUGCACGCACUGAAAACCAGGCUUCAAGACGAGCGGGAGGAGAACUUGCACUUUCUAACACCCGAGGCACGACAGAUGAUGCUGAAUUCGGGUUCAUGCGGUGCCUUUCAGCCACUCGGUGAGACAGCUAUGGAGUCCCAGAAUCAAAUGUCAGGUGGUUUAGGGCCGAUUCGUCUGAACACCACCCACUUCCCGGCCCUCAAUUCGGCUCUGUCCCUUGCUCUGUCGCUGCCCACCGCCACCGUCUACUGCCCCGCCUACAGACCCACGCAUACCUUAUUGAGUACUCCAGAGCAACUACCCAGUCCCCUCACUGCAGCAGCGACUGAAGACUCAUUCAUCUCCACGGCCUAUCUAGGUAACCCUUCUGGAUACUGUGAUCAGCUGAGCUUAAACAGCUUCAACGAGAUCACAGUUCGGCAGUUCCAGAAAUAAAGUCCAAGUGACAGGAUUCCUUCUGCCCCCUCAUAAGAACUUUAUCCUUGUUACUGUAUCUAUCUGUGAAUAAAUAGUUUAAGCAGUGCAACUAUUUGGAUUUUGGCUUGAAAACUGUUAUUGUCUAGUUUAGCCUGUUGGAUAUCAGUCUAAUGAGGCCGACCAAUC